AUGCUGCAGCUGUGUCAGGUGACCCGCUCUCUCUUCAUCAGUAACUGUCGCUCCGCCUGCAGCGAGGAACUCCUGCAGCGCGAGAACAUCACGCUCGUUAUCAACGUCUCCAAGAAGCAGCCGUUCCCCCGUGUCCCCGAUGUCACCAGGCUGAGGAUCCCUGUGUACGACGACCCGAACGAGGACCUGCUCUCUCACUUCGACCGCAGCGCAGACUCCAUCCAGCAGGAGGCGCUGCGGGGGGGGCGGAGCCUCGUUUACUGCAAGAACGGACGCAGCCGCUCGGCCACCGUCUGCAUCGCUUACCUGAUGAAGCACCGAGAGAUGAAGCUGUUCGAGGCUAAACUGAAAGUGAAGACGGCUCGUUACGAGAUCGAUCCGAACCCCGGCUUCCUGUCUCAGCUGCAGAGAUACGAGCAGGUGCUGAAAAAGAGACGAACUGUAAUCUCAGAGAGUUUCCACAUUUCCCCCCCUAAUUUAUGA